AUGGCAUCAAGAGGACAUUUUAGCCCCACAUUUGGAUGCACAUAUAAAGUCCAGCAAACUUCCUCAAAGUCCCAUCCGGCUCCACCACGGUCGAAUUUUCGGUCUCAGAGCGCGUGCGCUAUAUCUUUAAGACGGGGGUUCCGAACGCUCACAAACGGCAAAACGCGGAUUCGAAGGCGAGCCGGUUCGAAGGGCCGGGCCAGACGCUCGGGGGGAUGGACGCGGACAACGUCAGAAACUCACAGCGGUAGCGCUCGUUUGACAAGGUUCCCGCUGGAAACGCGUCGGCCGUGCUGGUGGGGACCGCGCAGGCGGCUAACGGGGAAGGUCCGGGCAUCCAAAGGCCCGUCCUGUCGGCGGCGGGGCCUGGGGAGGGAGGGGCCGGCCGGCGGCCAGGCCGAGGCGGCGUUUACCUUCCAGUGGGGCGGGCCCGGGCGGUCGGUAGAGCGCGAGCCCUCGGCUCCGGGGGCGCUCAACCCCGACGACUCCUUCCCCCGCGCAGGGGCCGCGGCAUCGCCGGGGCUGGGAAGGGCCUGGCGCCGCGGACGAGAAGGCAGCGCCUCCAAAGCCUCUUCCCUCCCUGCUUGCUUUAGACCCCGGCGCGGGCCCGGAGGCGGGCGCGUUGCCGACGUCAUGCGCGCGCCGGAAGUGCCUGCCUCGGAGCGGAGACGAACUGACUACCACAAUUACCGAGACUCCAGGCGGCCCAGAGUUGUGGCUCACAGAAGAGAUGAAAUGUGGUCUGAGGGACGACAUGACUACGAAAGGCUUCCAAGAGAACGAGCACCUCCUCGAAAUCACCCCAAUGAUGGCUACCAUAGAGUAGUUAAUAUUGUGACAAAGAAACCACCACUGCUAGACAGACCGGGUGAAGGAAGCUACAGUAGAUAUUACAGUCAUGUUGAUUACCGAGACUAUGACGAGGGCCGCAGUUUUUCUCAUGAUCGAAGAAGUGGUCCACCUCACAGAGGAGAUGAAUCUAACUAUAAAUGGACAAGAGAUGAUCAUUCUGGAAGUCGUCAGCCUGAAUACAGGGACAUGAGAGAUGGCUUUAGAAGAAAAAGCUUCCAUGCUUCCCAUUAUGUGAGAGACCGGUCUCCUCAUAAAAGAGAAAAUCCGUUUUUAAGAGAAUCACCUGUUGGCAGAAAGGAUUCUCCACACAGCAGAUCUGGCUCCAGUGUCAGUAGUAGAAGCUACUCUCCAGAAAGAAGCAAAACUUACUCUUUCCAUCAGUCUCAACAUAGAAAACCCGUGCGUGCUGCUGCUUCCUACAAACGGCAGAAUGAAGGAAAGCCAGCAAGAGAUAAAGAGAGACCUGUUCAGUCUUUGAAAACAUCAAGAGACACUUCACCCUCAAGUUCUUCAACAGUUCCUUCAUCAAAGGUGUUAGACAAACCCAGUAAGCUAACUCAAAAGGAACUUGCUGAGGCUGCAAGCAAGUGGGCUGCUGAAAAGCUAGAAAAGGCAGAUGAGAGUAACUUACCUGAAAUUUCUGAGUAUGAGGCAGGAUCCACAGCACCAUUGUUCAUUGACCAGUCAGAAGAACCUGAGUCAAAUGCAGCAGAUGGCAUAGAAUUAUUUGAAGAUAGUCAGCUAAACAGCCGCUCCAAAGCAAUAGCAUCAAAAACCAAAGAGAUUGAACAGGUUUACCGACAAGACUGUGAAACUUUCGGGAUGGUUGUGAAAAUGCUGAUUGAAAAAGAUCCUUCAUUAGAAAAGUCCAUACAGUUUGCAUUGAGACAGAAUUUACAUGAAAUAGGCGAGCGGUGUGUGGAAGAACUCAAGCAUUUCAUUGCAGAGUAUGACACCUCUAGUCAAGACUUUGGAGAGCCUUUUUAAAAAUUUACUUGCUCAGGCCAAAAAGAAAA